AUGAUAUCAGUCAACCAAACUGGUGUGGCAGGAUUCUUCCUCCAGGGUCUCUCAGAGAACUUAGAACUACAACCCUUCCUCUUCGGACUCUUCCUGAUAGUGUACCUGGUCACCGUGCUUGGGAACCUGCUCAUUAUCCUGACCAUCAACUCAGACACCGGCCUCCACACACCCAUGUACUUCUUCCUCUCCAACCUGUCCUUCACUGACAUCUGUUUCAGCACCACCACGGUCCCCAAGAUGUUGAUGAACAUCCACACACAGAACAAAUCAAUCAGUUACACAGGCUGCCUCACCCAGGUUUGUCUCAUCCUGAUUUUUGCAGGCAUGGAGAAUUUUCUCCUUGGAGCAAUGGCCUAUGACCGCUAUGUGGCAAUUUGUCAUCCACUGAGGUACAUGGUCAUUAUGAACCCCUGCUUCUGUGGCCUGCUGAUUCUACUCUCCUUGUUCAUUAGUGUAGUGGAUGGCCUGCUCCACACUCUGAUGGUGCUGCGGCUAUCCUUCUGUGCAGAUUUGGAAAUCCCUCACUUCUUCUGUGAACUUGCUCAGGUCAUUAAACUUUCUUGCUCCAAUACCCUCAUUAAUACAGUCCUGGUCUAUUUAAUAACUACCAUAUUGGGUGGUGUUCCUCUCCUUGGGAUUAUUUUCUCUUACACUAAAAUUAUCUCUUCUGUUCUAAGAAUGCCAUCAGCUGGUGGAAUGUACAAAGCUUUCUCCACUUGUGGCUCUCACCUGUCAGUUGUUUUCUUAUUCUAUGGUACAGCUUUUGGGGUGUACAUUAGUUCUGCAGUUACUCAUUCUUCUAAGAAGAUAGCAAUAGCCUCUGUGAUGUACACUGUGGUCCCUCCAAUGAUGAACCCAUUUAUCUAUAGCCUAAGGAACAGAGACAUGAAGGGGGCCUUGAAGAAACUCCUCUGGAGAACACCUUUUUCCUGA